AUGCUUUUUUUUUCAGAAUCUGACGAGGAGAAGAUGUCGACUAAUGGCUAUGGUCAUGGAAUGACUCGUGCCGCCUCCCAUGCAGGGUCGUGGUAUUCCAGUAACCCAAAAGAACUGGAUCGUCAAAUCAGUCGAUGGUUGGACGCUGCUGGCGAUCGUGUGGGUGCAGCAAGAGCAAUAGUUUCACCACAUGCUGGUUAUUCCUACUGUGGCGACACUGCUGCUCAUGCUUUCAAACAGAUUGUGCCUGAAAAUGUCGACCGUGUUUUCGUGUUAGGACCAUCUCACGUUGUUUGCCUGAAUGGAUGUGCUCUUACUACGUGUAGUAAAUAUCGUACACCACUUGGCGAUUUACACAUUGAUAUAGAAGUUAACGAUGAACUACGAGCUACACGUCAGUUUGAUCUUAUGGAUAGAAGCGAUGAAGAGGCAGAACAUAGUAUUGAGAUGCAGAUGCCGUUCAUUGCCAAGGUUAUGGAAGGAAACCCAAAUGUGACCGUAAUACCGGUCCUAGUUGGCUCUUUAACGCCACCCAAACAACAAGCAUACGGAAAAAUAUUCGCCAACUACUUGGAAAACCCACGUAACCUUUUCGUGAUAUCAUCUGACUUCUGUCACUGGGGUAAUCGUUUCCAUUUUGCACCUCAUAAUCCGAACAGUGGACUUGCCAUAUAUGAGCAAAUUACUCAACUUGAUAGAGAUGGCAUGGAUGCCAUAGAAACGUUGAAUCCACAAAUAUUCAACGACUACCUUAAGCGAACUCAAAAUACGAUUUGCGGCAGGAAUCCAAUCACAGUCAUGCUACAGGCUGCGGAACACUUUAGGAUGAUGAACAAUCAUACUCACGAGUUCCGUUUUCUGAAGUACUCUCAGUCAAACAAGGUUUGUUCGCGUGUUUUCAAUCCUUUCUUGUUUAACGCAGGAUAA